GGAAGGUUGUAGUCAUUUCUGGUUCUUUCUCUUCUCUAUCUCCCUCCAUUCUGUAACAGUCUUGGAGACUCUAGGCCGAAGAUAUGCAGAGUAGAAGAGAAAGUAGUGAUAGAAUGUUUGAAUCAAUGAAUUCCUUUAGCGGCUUUGGAUCACAUAGAUCAAUGCUGUCGAACCUUUUUGGAGGAAGGGAUCCGUUUGAUGAUCCUUUUUUCACUCGCCCCUUUGAUAGCAUAUUUGGUCCUAAUUCUGCACCGAGAAAUAUGCAGAACAUGAACAAAGAAAAGGGAGUGAUUAUAAAAGAAUUAGAUUCUGAUGAUGAUGAGGGAGAUACCAAUUACUCUGAAACUGGAGAUGAUGACAAAAAGCAUUCUAGAUCAACCAUGGAACCAUCUGUUGAGCAUCCAGAUGAUGAUGCUGACGGAGAGAAGCUCAAGCAGGUGGCUCACAGGAAUGAUUAUAGCAAGGUAGAAACCCAAAAGCCUGGCAAUUUUUCUUUCCAGACUAGCAGAGUUACAUAUGGAGGUGUUGAUGGACAGUACUAUGCGUCUACGAGAACCAGAAAAGUAGGAGGUGAAGGGGUAGUUAUUGAGGAAAGCAAAGAAGCUGAUAAGACAACAGGUCAGGCAACACACAGGAUUUCCAGAGGAAUCCAUGAUAAGGGUCAUUCAUUUACUAGGAGGCUUAAUUCAGAUGGUAAGAUUGACACUAUGCAGACUUUGCACAAUCUUAAUGAAGAUGAGCUUUCAGGCUUUGAGGAAAAAUGGAAAGGUAAUAAUAUUGGGCACUUGCCUGGGUGGAAAGGAGGAUCUGGUAUGCAUUGGAAUGAAAGUUCUGGCCAUGGCGAACCUACGGAAAACCGCAUGUGGAGAAAUUGGUCAUGCCCAUCGUUGGAGCAUGGAGGAAGCUCCAGAGGAUCAGUGUCCCGCAAUGAAACGAGCAGUAGUGGUAGAGCAAAGAAAGUUGUGAGGAUCAACAUAGAGUGAUACAGCCAUAUAUCUUUGGUAGAAAAUCCCGGUCCUGUAUUUUUGCCUCCAGAAUGUGCUGAACCAUGUCAAGAGCUAGCUUGAAUAUUCGUCUGCUUCUGAUUCUAUCAUCACGUUAGUGACAUUGUUAGGUUAUGCUCAAUUGCCACGUGCAUAUGGUACGAACAUUUUGUGUCAUUUGAAUACCCAAAGAGUAGUUUGAUUUGGCCUUAA